GGGCUAUAUAACCCUAGAGCUUUCAGAUACAGAGUGAACCAUCCUAGAGCAGCUAUCCCCAGCCAAGCGCUGUCAGGGCCUGUUUUCUGUCUGGAGUGCCUAAGGACAUUGACAUAGAAGAAUGUGUGAGGAAGAGGACAGCACUGCCCUUGUUUGUGACAAUGGGUCAGGGCUCUGCAAAGCUGGCUUUGCUGGGGAUGAUGCUCCAAGAGCAGUUUUCCCUUCCAUUGUGGGUCGUCCCAGGCAUCAGGGUGUGAUGGUUGGUAUGGGUCAAAAAGACAGCUACGUAGGUGAUGAGGCUCAAAGCAAGAGAGGAAUCCUAACCUUGAAAUACCCCAUAGAACACGGCAUCAUUACAAACUGGGAUGACAUGGAGAAGAUCUGGCAUCACUCUUUCUAUAAUGAGCUCCGUGUUGCGCCUGAAGAACACCCAACUCUCCUGACUGAAGCACCCCUGAAUCCCAAAGCCAACCGAGAGAAAAUGACCCAGAUAAUGUUUGAGACUUUCAAUGUGCCAGCCAUGUAUGUAGCUAUUCAAGCUGUUCUGUCCCUCUAUGCUUCUGGACGUACCACAGGGAUCGUGCUUGACUCUGGGGAUGGUGUCACCCACAAUGUGCCAAUCUAUGAAGGCUACGCCCUGCCGCACGCUAUCAUGCGUCUGGACCUGGCUGGCCGUGACCUGACAGACUACCUCAUGAAAAUCCUGACGGAACGUGGCUACUCCUUUGUGACCACUGCGGAGCGUGAAAUUGUCCGUGACAUCAAAGAGAAGCUGUGUUACGUGGCCCUGGACUUUGAAAAUGAGAUGGCCACUGCAGCCUCUUCUUCCUCUCUGGAAAAAAGCUAUGAGCUUCCCGAUGGUCAGGUGAUCACCAUUGGAAACGAACGCUUCCGCUGCCCAGAGACCCUCUUCCAGCCCUCUUUCAUUGGCAUGGAGUCUGCUGGCAUUCAUGAAACCACUUACAACAGCAUCAUGAAGUGUGACAUAGACAUUAGAAAGGAUCUUUAUGCCAAUAAUGUGCUGUCUGGAGGCACUACAAUGUACCCAGGUAUUGCAGACAGGAUGCAGAAGGAAAUAACUGCUCUGGCUCCCAGUACUAUGAAGAUCAAGAUCAUUGCUCCUCCUGAACGUAAGUACUCUGUCUGGAUUGGAGGCUCCAUCCUUGCCUCCCUGUCUACUUUCCAGCAGAUGUGGAUCAGCAAACAGGAAUACGAUGAAGCUGGCCCAUCCAUCGUUCAUCGCAAAUGCUUUUAAAUGGCUUUAUCUUUAUACGUCUCCUUAGUGUAGUACUGUGAAUGUAUUCAGGAAAAUACAUUCUCCUAAUUUUGUUCCAUAGAUUCUUCAUCAUAAUUACUCUAAUUAAUUGGAUACUGUGUACUUUUU